UAUCCCUUCCCUUCCUUUCUCUGUUUAUUUAUAGGAAGGGGUGAGCAAGGAGCUAGGCAAAGGUAAGUUGAGUAGUGAAUUUAUAAGCUCCAUGGCUCAAGGGGGAUCGUCUCUGUCUGCAGAAACUGAGACACUGAGCAAUGUCCGAAGCUUGGUGGAGGCAUUCAGACCAUUUGAUGCAGACAAUGAUGGGGCAAUCAAUGCCGCAGAGCUGGGUGGACUCCUGGGAUCGCUUGGUUUUGACCCUAGCGAACAAGAUGUGCAGGCAAUUAUGCAACAAGGAGACACUAACAACGAUGGAUUGCUGAGCAUUGAAGAGUUCCUGGACAUGAACACAAAGGACAUGGAACUUGGGGAGUUGGGCAAUUUUCUCAGGAGGUCUUUGCGAGCUUUUGAUGUUGAAGGGUACGAGACUCUGAGAGCAGCGGAGUUACAUGAAGUUAUGGGGAACCUUGGAAUUGAGUUUUCCCUCAAGGAUUGCCAAGCUGUUAUUGCAGCUAUGGAUGCAGAUGGUGAUGGAGCUGUUAGCUUGGAGGACUUUAAACUAAUAGUUAAUUCUCUCCUCGAUUAAUAAUUAAAUGUAUCAAACUUAAUUCAAAGCUCGUGUGUGUUUACUGUUAAUAAUUAAACAAGCUAUGUUUGCUAUCUAGACUCUGGGCGCUUUCAUUUCCAUGCAUGUCGAUGAGUGAAGAACAUAUUACUAGCAAAAGUCCUGCAUGUGAUCUGCCAUCAAUGGAAACAUAGUUUUUCGU